GCGGCGCUGCCGGGAUGGGAGCGUGAGAGGGGCGAGCCCGCGGCCGGAGGAGCUGCGGUGUGAGCUGGGGCUGCUGCCGGCGGGCUCGGACCCGCCAUGGAGCCGGUGACCAAGUGGAGCCCGAAGCAAGUGGUGGACUGGACUAAGGGCCUGGAUGAUUGCCUGCAGCAAUAUGUCCAUAAAUUUGAACGGGAGAAGAUAAAUGGUGAACAGCUGUUACAGAUUUCUCACCAGGACCUUGAAGAUUUGGGUAUCUCACGGAUUGGACACCAGGAAUUGGUUCUAGAGGCUGUGGAUCUCCUGUGUGCACUGAACUAUGGCCUUGAAACAGACAAUAUGAAGAACCUGGUUCUCAAGCUGCGAGGGUCAUCCAACAAUCUGCAAAACUACAUCAGCAGCCGUAGGAAAAGUUCAAAUUAUGAUGGAAAUACCUCUCGCAAGCCCCCCAAUGAAUUCCUUACUUCAGUUGUGGAGCUUAUUGGUGCUGCUAAAGCCUUGCUUGCAUGGUUGGACAGGACACCAUUUACAGGUAUUGCUGACUUUUCAUCAAUGAAGAACAGAAUCAUUCAGCUCUGCUUGGACCUCACUACUACUGUUCAAAAGGAUUGCACUGUGGCUGACAUGGAAGAUAAAGUCCAGACUGUGGCCAAGACUUUAAAUGGCAUUUGUGAUAAAGCCAUCCGAUCAACUACAGACCCACUGAUGAGCCAGUGUGCAUGUCUGGAGGAGGUCCAUUUAACCAACAUUAAACCUGGGGAAGGCCUGGGAAUGUACAUCAAAUCAACUUAUGAUGGAUUGCAUGUAAUUACUGGAACUACAGAAAAUUCCCCUGCUGAUCGCUCCCAGAAGAUUCAUGCUGGUGAUGAAGUGAUCCAAGUUAAUCGGCAAACUGUGGUUGGAUGGCAACUAAAAAAUCUGGUGGCAAAGUUGCGAGAGAAUCCUGCUGGAGUUAGGCUGCUGCUUAAGAAGCGUCCUACUGGCUCUUUUCAUUUCACUCCUGCUCCACUGAAGAACCUGCGCUGGAAACCACCCUUGGUGCAGACCAGUCCUCCACCAGCUUCAACCCAGUCUCCAGAAAGCACCGUGGAUACCUCACUGAAGAAGGAGAAGCCAGCCAUUUUGGAUCUGUACAUUCCCCCUCCACCAGCUGUUCCGUAUUCUCCUCGGGAUGACAAGGGGAGCUUUGUGUAUGGAGGAGGCAGCAAACGCAGUCAGCCACUACCUGGGUCCAAGGGUGCCGAGUCUCCCAAUUCUUUUCUGGAUCAGGAGAGCCGAAGGCGAAGGUUUACUAUUGCUGAUUCAGAUCAGCUGCCUGGGUAUCCCGUGGAAGUAAAUAUCCUACCAGCCAAGAUGAGAGAAAAAACACAGUCCUAUGGAAAACCUCGUCCUUUGUCAAUGCCUGCUGAUGGAAGCUGGAUAGGAGCUGCAGAACCCUUCUCUAGGCCACGAGGAUCAGGGAGAAAAGGUGAAGAUGUCCUCUGCAGGUACUUCAGCAAUGAAAGGAUACCCCCAAUCAUUGAGGAAAGCCCCUCCACGCAGCAUCCGCUCUCCAGGCCAGUGUCUGACAAGCAGUUAGUGAGGGGAACGGAUUAUAUUCGAGGCAGCAGGUGUUUUAUGAACACAGACCUCCACAACAGUGCAACAAUUCCUUUUCAAGAGGAAGGUGCUAAAAAAUCAUCUGUUACAUCAUCUGCAAAAUCCUCCUCGGCAGAGCCCUCGCUGCUGGUCAAUUGGUUGACGAGACUGAAAUUGUUGACUCACUGACUUGUCCCCAGCGCUGUUCCCAAGUGCCUUUGCUCGUCGGUCAGACUUCUCUACUUUGCAGCUUAACUGACCCACAGUGACUAAUGCAGUGUUCUUUUCCUGGAGAAUCUCACACUUCAGCCUUUUUGUUUGUCAUUUUUGAUGGAUCAGAGGGUUUCAUAGUGCAAGGAGGGGAGAAAGAUCGAGUUCCUUCUCCUGGCCAAAAACUGAAGGCAUUAAUUCCCGUGGAAAUGAGUAAAAUUUCAGUGGGGAGGGGCCACAAAUGACCUGGAAAAUGCAUAAUGACUCAGAGGAAAGCAUUGUAUUACUGUGAAGUCCAGUGGCACUUUAGUUGUCUGAAUGCUCAGAGGCUGGUGCAACUGGCAGGGUGUCAGAGUUUGAAGAGCUCACAGAAGUUGACACUCUCCUGACUGAGAAAAUAAACAGGGAAAACAGCAGUUUUGUGCAACUUAGUGGUGCUGUUUCAAGUACUGCAUGAGAUCAACCUUGCGAGGAAGAAGUUAGUAGUGUUAUUGUUCUUUCUCUGAUAUCCAGAGUUCCUAUGAAGUCUUAGGAAGAGAGUUCUCUUAUUCAGAGAUUUUAGGAAGUUGGACUAAUUUAAUUAUAAAUCAAUCCAACCUUAUAUAUGUAAUCUAUUUUAUUUGAAAUCACAAUACAAAUAAGGAGCACUGAACAACUGUGGUGCUCAUCUGUAAAGGUAUAUGGAUUGCUACAACAAGCCAAGGAAAUGCAUCUGUAGAGGUGGUGAAAGAAUAUAUAUUUUUUCCUUAAUUGUUUAAGAAUGACUUGCUGUUAACCAAAGUAACCUUUAAAGACAGUCCUGUUGGACUUAAGAGAACUUUUACAGUGGUUCAGUUUUUGAAUGAUGUUGUUGUUUUUAUGAAAAAUAUGUGCUACCAUACACUACAAUUGUAAGACAUCUUGCUAUUUUCUAUAUAGCUCUAAUUUUUACCCCUCCAGAAUUUUAAAGUGGCGUUGGGCAUUUUGGGAGGAAAAUAAAACUUGUUUAACAAAAGAGGAGGAUAUUAAAGAGGUAUUGUUUAAGAAAGAAUGUACAUAAGAUUGUUAGUAUGCAAACAGUUGUGUUUAAAGUUAUUUAAAUGUUAAAUAUAGUUGUAUAUAUUUUUACAUUUAAACAGAUAGAGUUUGUACCUUCCUGUAUCAAAGUAUUGGGCACAACUUAGUCAAAUGAAAAGAAAAUAAGAUUUUGUAUUACCUUCUAAUUAUAAGACUAACUAUUUUUGAGGAUGAUACAUUGCCAACAGCCUCUACUCCUUUGGUCUUGCUGAAAAGAAGGAUUUGUGUUUAAUGAUUGGUGGGGAAAAAGAGGGAAGUUAAAUGCUAGUUUGCAUGUAGGACUGGGGCAGGAAUCACAUGUGAUAACAGGAUGUUGAAAACACACUGUAAACCUGUCUAUGAAGAUGUCACCAUUCUGCUGCAAUGAGCUGAUGAAGUUGUGCUACAGCCUUGCAGAGAGAGAAGACAGGGUGUUUCAUUCACUUCUCAGUUAAUUUUGUUUGUGACUCACUCAUGACUGGGGAGGCUGGUUUGGACCUUUCUGAUCAAAGCAGAUGUCUUCCAUCUGCCACUCUCCUCCACUCCCUGAGAUGGCAGUCUGUACUAGACAUGAACUGCUCCUGUGCAAGUGAACCCUACAGCAGUUUGGUCCUGCCUCCAAGGAAAGGGCUGAAACUGCCAUGUUGUAGGCUCUGUGGUGUAGUAUAGUCUAGCCUCAAAAAGGCUGAAUUGUUCUAAGGGUGUUGUCUAAACAAGACUUUUAAAAUGAA